AUGACGGGGGCGGCGACAUCUGAUGAUAGUAACGGGAGAAGAAAUAACAUAGGUCAAGGGAAGAAGAAGAUUAACAUUGCGCGAAUCGAAAACAAAUCUCAAAGAAUGGUGAGUUUCUCCAAGCGCAAAUCUAGUCUGUUAAAAAAUGUGAGUGAGUUUCAGAAAUUGACGGGACUAGAGGUUGGCGCCGUAGUCUUCUCCCCCGCCGGUCAAAUGUACACCUCCAUGAACAACAACGGGGGGCCCUCCUCCUUUGACAUUAUUGUUGACCGAAUCCUGCAAGUUGGCGAUCCCACGAUACAAUUACAAUAA